AAAUUACGAGCAACAGAAUCGGACGACCCUGAUCGCUGGAUGGAUGAGUGUAGGGGUGCCAUCAGGCGUAUGGGACAUUUCCAAUCAACCUGACUCGUUCACUCAGGCAUUCCCUCAGGAAUGUCUAGGAUUUUACAAUGGCUCCACGACAACGCCGAUGUUUCAUCUCGCCGAUCUUGGCUGCACCAAUGACACUCGAAUGAGGGCUUUCAUCUGCCAAUACAGUCCAGACAUAGACGAGUUUACUGAUACGAUCAAGGAGGAAUCGGAUUCGCGUCUCGAGAAUUCUCUAAGGAACGUUGCAAUUGCGCUCUUGCCUCGGUUUCGACAGUCUCGACAGAGUACUAUCAAAGGAGAGAAGGGGAUGAAGGGGAUGAAAGGAAUGAAGGGAAUGAUAGGUACGACCGGACAAAAGGGUAUAACUGGCAACAAAGGAGAGAAAGGCAUGAAGGGGAUGAAGGGAAUGAAGGGGAUGACCGGAGACAAAGGAACGAAGGGCAUGAAGGGCAACAAAGGCAUGAAGGGAUUCAAAGGAAUUGUAAUUGAUAUCCCUGAAACUUUUACCUCAGGAAUGAAGGGCAUGAAAGGAAUGUCUGGAGGAAAAGGAGCUAAAGGCGACAAGGGUACAAAAGGUAUGAAAGGCAAGAAAGGAGAAAAAGGAGAAAAAGGCCAGAAGGGAGCAAAGGGCUGGAAGGGCUCGAAGGGAGGAAAAGGAGAGAAAGGCAUAAAAGGUAUGAAAGGGGAGAAAGGGGAGAAAGCUAUCAAGGGAAGCAAAGGCAUGAAGGGGUUAAAAGGUGCUAAAGGAGAAAAGGGCAUCAAGGGACAGAAGGGAAUGAAAGGAUUUAAAGGCACGAAGGGCGAGAAAGGCAUGAAGGGACUGAAGGGGCAAAAGGGGAUGAAAGGACUAAAAGGUGAAAAAGGUACAAAAGGAACCAAAGGGGUGAAAGGAGAAAAAGGAAUGAAAGGAGUAAAGGGAACUAAAGGAGUGAAGGGCGAGAAAGGGAUGAAAGGAUUGAAAGGCUUAAAAGGAGAAAAAGGCUUAAAGGGAAUGAAAGGUGCAAAAGGGACCAAAGGCGAGAAGGGGGUGAAAGGGUCCAAAGGCACAAAAGGAGAAAAAGGCAUCAAAGGUUUGAAAGGUACGAAAGGAACGAAAGGCGAGAAAGGUCAUAAGGGAGAAAAAGGAGUGAAAGGACUGAAAGGAAUGAAGGGCAUGAAAGGAGGAAAAGGAGAAAAGGGAAUAAAAGGAGAAAAAGGACUAAAGGGAAUGAAGGGCACCAAGGGUUCCAAAGGUGAAAAGGGCAUGAAAGGAGUCAAAGGGACGAAAGGCAUAAAGGGCCAAGAAGCCAUGAAAGGGGAAAAAGGUCAAAAGGGUAUCAAAGGAAUGAAAGGGCAAAAGGGAGAAAAAGGAGUGAAGGGCUUGAAAGGAACAAAAGGAACAAAAGGCAUGAAAGGAGAGAAGGGAGCCAAAGCCCUGAAAGGUCAAAAGGGGAGCAAAGGAAUGAAAGGUGACAAGGGCGAGAAAGGUAGAAAAGGUGUCAAAGGAGAGAAGGGAAGUAAAGGAACAAAAGGACAGAAGGGUUUAAAGGGCGAAAAAGGUGGCAAGGGGGAGAAGGGAAUCAAGGGCAUCAAGGGGAUGAAGGGUGACAAAGGCACUAAAGGUUUGAAAGGAUUAAAGGGAAUGAAAGGUCCAAAAGGAAAUAAAGGAAUGAAAGGUGAAAAAGGUACCAAGGGAGACAAAGGAAUUAAAGGCAACAAAGGAACAAAAGGUGCUAAGGCCGAGAAGGGAAUGAAAGGCAUCAAAGGUGAGAAGGGAAUGAAAGGUCCAAAGGGAAGCAAAGGAGGAAAAGGAGAGAAAGGACUAAAAGGUAUCAAGGGGAUGAAGGGUACUAAGGGUGAGAAGGGCAUGAAGGGCUCAAAAGGCGAGAAGGGAGUUAAGGGUGAGAAAGGCUCGAAAGGUACCAAAGGAACGAAAGGUGUGAAAGGAACGAAAGGAAUGAAGGGAGAAAAAGGAUUAAAAGGCAUGAAGGGCUCCAAAGGAACGAAAGGAUCCAAAGGGAUGAAAGGUGAAAAGGGAUUUAAAGGUGCAAAGGGGUCAAAAGGUGAAAAAGGAUUUAAGGGCUUCAAAGGGGAGAAGGGUUUGAAAGGACAAAAGGGCGCUAAAGGUCUCAAAGGUGCAAAGGGCUUCAAGGGAGUAAAAGGCGAGAAAGGUUCAAAAGGAACUAAAGGGACGAAAGGAGAAAAGGGGAUGAAGGGUCAAAAAGGCGAGAAGGGAAUGAAAGGCAUCAAAGGUUUCAAGGGAGGGAAAGGAGAGAAAGGACUGAAGGGAAUGAAGGGGAUGAAGGGAACCAAAGGAAUGAAGGGAAUCAAAGGGUUCAAAGGACUGAAGGGUACCAAAGGAACGAAAGGUGACAAAGGCAAAAAAGGCCAGAAGGGAAUUAAAGGCUCAAAAGGAGAAAAGGGAAUCAAGGGUCUGAAGGGUGAAAAAGGACCAAAAGGCGCAAAAGGCUUCAAGGGAAGUAAGGGAGACAAGGGUGUGAAAGGAUUAAAAGGCGAGAAGGGAAGAAAAGGAGAGAAAGGCACCAAGGGCAUGAAGGGAGAGAAGGGAUUGAAAGGGCUUAAGGGUGAAAAAGGGAUGAAGGGAUCAAAAGGAGGAAAAGGUGAAAAGGGAAUGAAGGGUACGAAAGGGACAAAGGGGGACAAGGGAGUAAAAGGAACAAAAGGCACGAAGGGCAGCAAAGGAACGAAAGGGAUAAAGGGCAUGAAAGGGAGCAAAGGUGAUAAGGGACAGAAGGGAGGAAAAGGAGAGAAGGGAAUGAAGGGCUUCAAAGGUUCAAAAGGUCAAAAGGGAAUGAAGGGCGAGAAGGGAUUUAAAGGAAUGAAAGGAUUCAAAGGAACUAAAGGAAGCAAAGGCCAAAAAGGAGUGAAGGGAGAUAAAGGCGGCAAGGGAGAAAAGGGUAUGAAAGGAGAUAAGGGUUCGAAGGGAGUUAAAGGACUAAAAGGGUUGAAAGGGAUGAAAGGCGAGAAGGGCGUAAAAGGACUCAAAGGAAGCAAAGGCCACAAGGGUGGUAAGGGCAUGAAAGGUCCUAAGGGAGAUAAAGGUGUGAAAGGAGAGAAAGGGGCAAAAGGUACGAAAGGAGUAAAAGGUUUCAAAGGAACAAAAGGAGGAAAAGGUGACAAGGGUGUCAAAGGAGAGAAGGGUGCCAAGGGAAUGAAAGGCGUGAAGGGUGAGAAGGGCAUGAAAGGGACGAAGGGCGUGAAAGGGAACCAAGGGAGCAAAGGUUCUAAAGGAGCUAAGGGGUUGAAAGGAGACAAGGGAAUGAAGGGGAGUAAAGGGGAAAAGGGAGUCAAAGGCUCUAAAGGCAUCGAAGGUGCAAAGGGAGAAAAGGGAAUGAAAGGCUUCAAAGGUGUGAAGGGAAUGAAGGGUUCCAAAGGUAUGAAAGGAGAAAAGGGGGUGAAAGGAGAAAAAGGGUUGAAGGGAGAGAAAGGCACCAAGGGCGAAAAGGGUGUCAAAGGAGGGAAGGGUCAAAAGGGGAUCAAGGGAAUGCAAGGUUCAAAAGGAGAGAAAGGGACAAAGGGAGAGAAGGGAAUGAAGGGUUUGAAAGGAGCAAAAGGUGAAAAGGGACUGAAGGGACAAAAGGGAUCUGAAGGAAUCAAAGGUCUAAAAGGCGAGAAGGGACAGAAGGGACAGACUGGGUUAAAGGGCACGAAGGGAUCAAAAGGCGCUAAAGGAGAAAAAGGAAUGAAAGGACUACAAGGAAGCAAGGGACAAAAAGGAGCAAAAGGGCAGAAGGGCUUCAAGGGAGAGAAAGGAACUAAAGGAGAAAAAGGACAGAAGGGCAUGAAAGGACCAAAGGGAGGAAAAGGACAAAAAGGUCUCAAAGGAGGGAAGGGCGAGAAAGGGAUGAAAGGAAUCAAGGGCACUAAAGGUCUCAAAGGGGAGAAGGGGUUCAAAGGAAUGAAGGGAAGCAAAGGCGAAAAAGGCGAGAAGGGACUUAAAGGCACUAAAGGACGAAAGGGAAUGAAGGGUGACAAGGGGCAAAAGGGAGUGAAAGGAGGAAAGGGCCAGAAAGGUACCAAAGGCGAGAAGGGAAUUAAAGGUCCGAAAGGAGAAAAAGGCAUGAAGGGAAGCAAGGGCCUCGAGGGUGCAAAAGGGAUAAAGGGUGUCAAAGGAUCAAAAGGAUCAAAGGGUAUCAAAGGAACGAAGGGGUUCAAAGGAGAUAAAGGUGAAAAGGGAAUGAAAGGUGUGCAAGGAAUGAAAGGUGGAAAGGGAGAAAAGGGAGCUAAAGGCAAGAAAGGUGAAAAGGGUGUAUUGGGUGAGAAAGGCUUCAAAGGUGAAAAGGGACCGAAAGGAAUGAAAGGGAUUAAAGGCAGCGCUGGAGAAAAGGGAACGAAGGGUACGAAAGGAACGAAAGGCGUGAAAGGAUCAAAAGGAGAAAAGGGAAUGAAGGGAACAAAGGGUAUGAAAGGCGGAAAGGGCACGAAGGGCAUUAAAGGUUUCAAAGGCGAAAAGGGCAAGGCUGGCGAUAAGGGAACGAAGGGGCAGAAGGGCAUGAAGGGUAUGAAAGGUAGCCAGGGUGCAAAGGGCGAAAAGGGAAUGAAAGCAAGCAAAGGAUCUAAAGGAAUGAAGGGACCGAAAGGAUCUCAGGGUGUGAAGGGCGACAAAGGUGUAAAAGGAGCCGAAGGAAUGAAGGGAUUCAAAGGCUCUAUGGGAGAGAAAGGAUCAAAAGGGAUGAAAGGCAUGAAGGGCGUGAAAGGAACACAAGGAAGUAAAGGUGUGAAGGGUACAAAGGGGCCGAAGGGACUAAAGGGCGAAAUAGGUGUCAAAGGAAGCAAAGGUGUCAAAGGAACGAAAGGUGGUAAAGGCCAGUUGGGAUCGAAAGGAAACAAGGGAACAAAAGGCAUGAUUGGUCAAGGUACCAAAGGUACAAAGGGGACGAAAGGUAGCACGGGACCAUCGGGGCCACCUGGGGGUCCACCCGGGCCGCCCGGAGUACCGGGUGUACCUGGUACAUCCUUCUCGCCUGCUACAACGAGAACGUUGGAUUUUUGGUAUCUGCUCAAGCUCUUCAAAGACCUUUGCCUCCUCACUUUCGUGUUGUACUCGUGUUACCCCCAGUUCUUGUAUCGCAUGAAGCAUGAAAUGUCGUAUGGGUAUGAGAGGACACCCAGCCUCCAUGAUUGCAUGUCCUCCCCAUACCCAGGGCAAAUAGUGAGCAAGGUGCUCCUCCUCGUUGAAAACCGUGCCCAA